GAGGAUGAGCGAGAAGGGUCGUUGUCAAAGGUGGAAGUCUACCCUUACCUCUCAACCCAAAGUUCUGGGGAUCUUUUAUCGCGCUGUUCAGUUAUCAAGUUCCGACUCAUACCAACUUCAGCUGAAAACAAUGUUAGUCGAGUUGACACUCUCAACAUGGACAUUAGCACCUCAUCGGUUGCUUCGCUAGACUUGGCACUGGACUGGUAUAAAAGCUGUUUCAAUUCUCACAAUCAAUGUCAAAUACCUUUGAACGAGGACACGGAUUGGAGACCGACACGACUCGUCGACAUCGGGCUUAAGCAUGGGGACAUGUGGCAUCUUCGUACUUGUUCUUCAUUACCACCAGGGCCAGUGAAGUACAUGACUCUUAGCUAUCGGUGGGGAUCAACAAGUAGCCUAAGACUUCUCCAAGGCAAUAUUGACAUGCUACAUCAAGGACUUCCCAUAUCACAGCUUCCAAAGACCUUUCAGGAUGCAGUUUCAAUUGCUCGGCACUUCUCUAUUCGGUACUUGUGGAUAGAUGCGCUCUGCAUCAUACAGGACUUCAGUACUGAUUGGUCCAGUGAAGCACCUACGAUGCGAUAUGUCUACAGCCAUUCAACGUGCAAUAUUGCAGCAACAGCCGCGAUUGACCAAGAUAGUGGGCUAUUCAGGCAAAGAAACAAGGAGGAACAUUUGCCUCGCACGAUUACAGCGCCCUCUGGAGCUUUGAAACACCUAGGGGAGUCGUUUGUGCUGUUCGACAAAGAAUACUGGAAUCGACAGUUAGCACAAGGAACUCUUCAUAACCGUGGUUGGGUCUUCCAAGAGUGUUUGCUCGCUCCUCGUGUCCUCUACUUCACGGGGAAUCAAAUCAUGUGGGAAUGCUUCCAAGAGACCAAAUGUGAACGCUUUCUACGUGGGAUCCCCUACCAUGAGGGCUUAAAAAAUCUCACCAUUCUAUGGGAUUCUCUGGAUGGGCGGAAGGAAAGCAAACGGGACGCAGGCGCAGGAAACAUGACUUUACAAAUUCAAAAUUUAUGGAACCACCUUCUUGAAAGCUAUUCGUCCCGUGCCUUGACACGCAGCGAAGAUAGGCUCCCCGCCUUAGCAGGAGUCGCCCGGCUCUUUGCGGACACUACAGGCGAUGAAUAUCUCUGCGGGCUCUGGCGGUCGAAGCUGAUCGAGCAACUACUUUGGCGCGUUCCACGACCGACGCUAAGGGCCCCAACACAGCUUGGUGUACCAUCAUGGUCCUGGGCC